CCAAGCAAGACUUGAUAUGCAGACACCGAUUUCCAGAUGCAUAGUCAUUCAGUCAAAAAUAACACGGACAAAGGCUCCCAAGAUCACAAGCCACCCUCUUCCAGCAGUGUGGGAGUAUGAAGAGCGACAAAGUCGUUAAGAACAAACUGCAAAUCACAGAUACGACUGCGGUCAAUAGCUCACUUUGGAGCUUUCCCCAAGCGCUCACUAUGAUGGUACCGGCGACUAAUACGCAGUGGAGGUCCUCAAGGAUCGAACUGUGGUGCUGUGGCCGGGGAGGCUAAACAGUGCCAAUAUUAUGCGGUCACUGACGGGCAAUUGCAAUUGAAACCGGGAAAAUCAAAGCCAUCAUAGAAUGCAAGCGCAAGAGGCACCGAUACCAUUCCCUGGGUGUUAACAUGCAAGAAGUGGCGCUGUUUGUGGCCUGGAUCAAAAUAUACCCUGACGCCAAACCAGGCACUACCAAGACGCAGUAAGCAUAGCUCUUCGACUAUAUCUCAAGCUUCGGUAUCUGACAAUAUAUAUAGACGAGUCAUGGUAUCCCAGAGCGGGAUAGAAAUGUACAUCGUAACCUUCGACUACGAUGACAAAUGUGUCGCAUACUUGAAUGGGGCAGCAUUGCCAAUGCUGGAUUUGCUUCGGCCAAGCGGUAUGGGC